ACGAUUAUAGAGCUUUAUUAGUGUAUGCAAACUAGGGUUUUGUCCUUCAUUUUUAGUUCAGCUUUCGUCUCCACAUUUGCCUUUCUCUUCUCAGUGUUGAGUUCCUUCAACUUCAAUUCUAAGGUACGUGCAGUUGAAGAGAGAGAAGGAGAGUGAAAAUGGUGGAGAAGGUCAAGGGAAGAAAAGAGGAGGUGGUGAGCAGAGAGUACACCAUCAAUCUUCACAAGCGCUUACAUGGCUGCACAUUUAAGAAGAAGGCGCCAAAGGCCAUUAAGGAGAUAAGGAAAUUUGCAGAGAAAGCUAUGGGGACUAAGGAUGUGAGGGUUGAUGUGAAGCUAAACAAGCAUAUCUGGAGCCGGGGCAUCCGAAGUGUUCCAAGGAGGAUCAGAGUUCGCAUUGCUCGCAAGAGGAAUGAUGAUGAAGAUGCUAAGGAAGAGCUUUUCUCUCUUGUGACUGUUGCAGAAAUCCCAGCAGAAGGAUUGAAGGGACUUGGCACCAAGGUCAUUGAAGAUGAUGAAUGAAUCAUCAAUCUUUGUUUUUGAUGGGCAGGAUAGGUUUACAUGGGAUUUUGGCCAUUGUUUUAAGUUUUAUGUGGACUAGUAUUUUUCAUUUUCUGGUUUUUGUUGUUCAGAUUUUUAUUUUGACUUCGUUACUUUGGGUUUUACUGAACACUGUAACUUUAGAGUUUUACUUUGCCGUAACUUUGUUUGUUUGAAAAGGUAAAGACUGAGUUGCUCUUGC